AUGAAGUAUCCUACUGCAUCUCAGAGUAGAUCGCUUUUAGAUAUGGAAGUAGCAAACUAUUGUGAAGGCCUGGAUCCAUCAUUCAGCAUGCUGGGCUUUGAGAAUGCAGAGGUGUUCUGUGGAGGAGGAGACAGCAUGCCGACAGAGCCGAGCCUGCCAGUCGGUCCAGACGGGGUCGGCAGUAACUGUGCCAUCUGUGGAGACAAAGCCACAGGGAAACACUACGGAGCCUCCAGCUGUGAUGGCUGUAAAGGCUUCUUCAGACGCUCCAUACGCAAGAGCCACGUCUACACCUGCAGGUUCAACCGACAGUGCAUUGUGGAUAAAGAUAAGAGGAACCAGUGUCGUUUCUGCAGACUUAACAAAUGCUUCAGGGCUGGCAUGAAGAAAGAAGCUGUACAGAACGAGAGAGAUCGGAUCAGCUCCCGCAGAAGUAUCCCUGACAGCCAAGACUUGCCACCCAUUACUAUUUUGGCCCAAGCUGAAUCACUGUCCCAACAGAUCACUGCUCCUAUUGGAAUAGUAGACAUAUCAGAGCAGAAGUCAGCCACUAUCGGAGAUGUAUGUGAUUCCAUGAGACAACAGUUGUUGGUGUUGGUGGAAUGGGCUAAGUACAUUCCUGCAUUUGGAGAACUGCCACUGGAUGACCAGGUGAGUUUGCUCAGGGCUCAUGCAGGUGAACACCUUUUGCUUGGGGUCGCCAAAAGAUCAAUGCCAUUCAAGGACUUCCUGCUUUUAGGUAUCGGCUGUGUGAUCCACAGAAACAGUCCUGAACAAGAGAUAUAUAAGGUAGCCAACCGAGUGCUGGAUGAGCUGGUCCAGCCCUUUCAGGAUAUUCAAAUAGACGACAAUGAGUAUGCAGCGCUCAAGGCUAUUGUCUUCUUUGACCCAGAUGCAAAGUCUUUGCGGGACCCAUUGAAGAUCAAGGCCAUUCGUCUGCAGGUCCAGAUGAGUCUGGAAGACUACAUUAAUGACCGUCAGUAUGACUCCAGGGGUCGUUUUGGAGAGCUGUUGCUCCUGCUGCCUACCCUGCAGAGCGUCACCUGGCAGAUGAUCGAACAGCUCCAGUUCAUUAAGCUCUGUGGCCUGGCCAAGAUAGACAACCUGCUGCAUGAGAUGCUGCUGGGAGGCCUUACGUCAGAGCCCACACACGUGCACCACCCAGCACACACCCAGCUGGCCCAGGACCCUUUGACUGGACACACACUGGUCAUCAGCACCAUGCCUGUUGCUCACACUCCACAUAUAGCCUCCCCAGACACUCCCAUCCCAUCGCCCCCUCAGGGUCCUGCACCAGAGAAGUACAAACACUUUCCUCCAGCCAGCCCCUCACAUUCCACACAGACAGAUCUCUGA